AUGUCAGAUGAACCUAAUUCUGGGUGGGCAGGCUUCAAGGUUGUCACUGAGGUGAUGAAAAGCAAGUACCAGCCAGGGAAGCAUGCUGUGAAAUAUAUUAUCUUGAAGCACCAGCCCUGGAGGCACUUCGCUCUCAUGCUAUCUCUAUGUAAUCACUAUCGUGAACUUUAUAUUCAUAUAUACAACCACUCUGGUUCUGCUGUAUCACCUCCAUUCCAUAUUGACCGACAGAAGGAUGAAUUUCUGCAAAUCCUCUCAUCUAUCAUCUUUGGCAAUGAUGAGUGCAUUGGUUUUGAUACGAUGAUAAACAUUCAACAGCUUAAACUUCCUGUACUAUCAUGUCACUCUCGUUCUCCUAGGAGAUUGCAUGCUCAGACAAAGAGAGUUAUCUCUCAGGGUACAUCCAGUACACAGGCCAAGUCAGGAGAUGCAGCCUCAGGUAAGGAGUUAGACAAGUCAGAUGAGGACUCAACAAAGCCAGGCAAGUCAGAUAAAGCUUCCAGCCAGGAGUCAGGGUACGAGUCAGCUUCAUUAUACAGACCUUCACCCUCACAGACUUCUGAUAGCAAUUCCUCAUCAAGUGUCUUCUCCUCCCUCAAGCUAGAUGAGCAGCCUGAUAUCAGGACUGGUCCUCCUGCACUCCCCUCUGAGCUGCCUCCCUUAGCCAUUUCUACCCUGCUAGUUCCUUUUAUUGCCCAAACUUCUGUUCCUCUGAAUUUGUCACCUAUUGGUAAAAUUCAAGUCAAUGACAACUGGUAUGAUAUCCUGGAGGUCAUAUUUUCGAGUCAUGGCCUGGUUGGUUGUGGCACCAUUUGCUACUUGGCUAGAAAGGACAACCAAGAGUAUAUCAUCAAGGACCACUGA